AUGGCUUUUGCGUGGAAGGCCGCCGGGCUCACCUACAACCGCUACCUCGCUGUUGCCGCCCGUGCCGUCCGUCGAUCUCUCAAGGAAGAGCCCCGCCUCCAGGCCGAGCGACGUGGUCAGAUGGAUUUGAAGUUUGCGAAGUGGGAGGAUGGCAAACAAGGCGAAGUGAAGAAUCUUGCCGCAGCGCAGGUAGAGACUGCGGCUGCUGCGGCUGCGGCUGCGGCGUCGAAAUAG